AUGGCUGCUUGUGGUGUGACAAAAUUUAAUGAGUCAACUCAACCCCUGGUUUUGGUUUCUGACGAUAAUCAUGAUUCGGUCUCGAGGAAGCAAAAAAGAACCAUAUCGAACAGGGAAUCUGCUAGGAAAUCGAGGAUACGCAAAAAGAAACAUAUGGAGGAUCUUGUAGGACAAGUGAGUCAACUCGUGAGUGAGAACAAAUGCAUGGCCAUCAACUUGAAAGAUACAACUCAGAUGUUCGUCAAGAUGGAGUCCGACAAUUUGGUUCUUAAAGCUCAAUUGGCUGAGUUGACUCACGAAUUCGAGUCACUCAAUGAGAUUAGUAAUGGAUUCAACUUAGUCAUGAGUGAUGUCGACUAUGAAAAUAAAGCAUGGUGUGCAUGGUGA